AUGCUGGUGUACGUGCCGCCGCACCCUCUUGUGAAGCACUGGCUCGCGAUCGCGCGCAACGCCGCGACGCCCUCAGCGCUGUUCCGCAGCGCGUGCGCCGAGCUGGGGCGUGUGCUCAUAUACGAGGCGGUUCGCGAGUUCCUGCCGACAGUGGAGGCGACCGUGGACACGCCUGUGGGCACAGCCGACGUCGAGUUUUGCGACCCCACAAAGCCAAUCAAGGUGGUGCCCAUCCUUCGGGCGGGCCUCAUCCUGCUGGAGCAGGCGGGAACUGUCCUGCCCAUCAGCGAAACGUACCACGUCGGAUACGUCCGGGACGAGGAGACCCUGCAGGCGACGGCAUACCUGAACAAGCUCCCGCAGCGGCUGUCACCGGAAGACCGCAUCCUGGUGACCGACCCGAUGCUGGCCACGGGCGGCACCAUGCUCAAGGUCCUUGCGGACCUUGUUGCGCGCGGCGCCGACCCUUCAAACAUCCGUGUCGUGUGCAUCGUCGCGGCACCCCCCGCGCUCAAGGCCAUGGCGGACCUCUACACAGGCCUGCGGGUGUACAGCGCCAUAAUCGACGCCGAGCUCAACGAGAAGGGUUACAUCAUCCCCGGGCUGGGUGACGCCGGUGACCGCGCCUACGGCAAUCAGAACUGA